AUGGUGCUGAUAAUGAUAUCAAAAAGAAAGAAAAUGCUACUGGCUAAGAAUGUUAAUCUAAAUAAAAUUAUAAGUAAAAGAUAUAUCACUACUGGAAUCCCUUUUGAUAAUAACGCCAAGACCACUGAUAAUUAUAACAACGAUACUAUCAAUAACGAUAACAAUACACCUUCUACUAACAAUGAUAGCGGUAGCUUUGCUAGUAAGUAUAUACAUUGGACUCCAUCUAAUAUAACAUCAGGAAUGUUAAGAUUAGAUUUAUACAAAAUACCAAGUUACAUUGGUCAUUGUUCUAGUAGAAUUAACAGAUUAUACAAUGAAGAUAGAUACUCUUUUUCACUGUUAAAAUAUGCAUCUAAUUAUAAAAGGGCUGUUACAAACACCAAAAAUAGUCCUACCUUUUUAAAUAUUAAUAUAUUUGAUGGUCAUGGUGGUUCAAACGUCAGUACCUGGUUGUCUAAGCAUUUACAUGAGAAGCUGGUUCAAACAAUUCCCAAUAAAAAAACUUUCUACAGUAUACUUAAACAAUAUUGUCUGAAAUAUCCUCAUAGUGAUUAUUGGCUCAACAUUUAUGAAAAUAGAGAGGCAUAUUAUAAGCGGUUUAUUCGAACUUGUUCAACUAAAAAAGAGGAUGUUUUAUAUAAUGGUAGCAGGAUGAUUUUCGAUAAAUUUGGAAACAUUAUUGAUAAAACUAGUUUGUUAUCAGAUUUGGAUAGAUUAAGAAUAUUUCAGACUUACUUGGAAGUUGAUCUAAAAGAUUGUAUAGUUUAUGAAAACUGUGGGUCCACAGCAAGCAGUAUUUUUUUAACACCUUAUGCAGAAUAUGAACAGUACACUAAACCAUCAUCAUUGGAUGAUAAUAAUAGUAGUAAUAAUAAUAAUAAUAAUAAUAAUGUUGAUGAUUUUAACAAUGAUUUUUUAUUAACCUCACAAAGUCUAAUGAAGUUAUGUGUGGUACAGGUUGGUGAUUGUAAAGUUAUAUUAUGUGAUAAACAUGGAGUAGCACAUUCCUUAACUCAAAUACAUCAUGCCAAUUCUCCAAGAGAAACUGCCAGAUUAAAUAGUUCCAAGCUAUCCAUUACAGAUUCCUUUGGAGAAACAAGGUUUUUGGAUAUGUUCGCAAACACAAGGAGUUUUGGUGAUUCUAAGGGUAAAGAAAUGGGGUUAAGUUGUGAGCCUGAUAUAUAUUCGUACUUGAUUGGUAACACAAGUAAACUACCUCAUCAAGAAAAGUCAAAGUUACAGUUUGGCGGUGAUGAAUGUUUUAUUUGCAUGGUUACUGAUGGGGUUACUGAUCUAAUGGAUGAUCAAGAAAUCAUCGAUUUAAUAACAUCUACUGUCAAUAUGAGAGGUUUGAAAAAAGCAACGCCUCAACUGGUUUGUGAAGAAGUUAUUAAAUACAUAUCAGCCAUUAGUGGUAAAGAUGCAGACAAUGCUACCUGUUUAGUUUAUCGAUUAAGCAAUUGGGGAAAUUGGCCUGUGAUAGAUAGGACAGGUGCCUUACGAGAAGAGAAAUUAUUGAAUACUAAUCAGGCCGAAUUAAGAGAAUAA